AUGGACAUCCUUCCAAACUCACGGCAGCUAGCCGUCCUCCGCAUAAGCUAUCCCAUCGUCAUUUUGGUCGCUUUCUUCGUUGCAUUCAUCGCGCAUUCAAUACUCAUUGCUAGGUCCACCACGAAAAAUGGCACCACGCCACUGGGACCUGGUGGGAAACCGCUGCCGAAGCGAUUACGAAGUACGAUGAACAAUCUCCGAAACGCGCAACGGAAUGUAUCUCGGCGGAUGAAGCUUGCUUUUGCCUGGUUGGCAGUUGGGGUCCUGUUAACGUAUGUUGCCGACGGGGUGAUUCAUAUAAUGCAUGUGUUGGUGGCCAAGUCAGAGAAGUGGUGGUGUGGACAGGCGGUUGUGAUCUACGUCGUGGGAUCGUUUUUCUCCCAUGCGGUUAUCUUGGUGGCACUCCUCGAGGCCUCCCCUGCGCCGACCAUUGCGCAUUUUAUACCAUGGAUCACAGCGCUUCCGUUCGAGUUGGUGAUUCUGGCGGGGACCCUGUCUGUAUAUACAACCGUGCAUCAUGAGCCGGUGAUUGGAAACCCGUACGGUGGAGGACCUCGACGGGAGGGAAUGACCAAAUGGGAGACGAUGGAGAUAGUCUCCGCGUCUAUCCGUCUCCUUUUGUUCUCUUUGAUGGUUGGUCUGUAUAUGAUCAAGUUUGUCCACAAGUCUAACCCCCACGAAACUGUCGAGUUCGGAAGUGCAAGUGAAGUUGCUGGAUUACUGAGUGGGUCGAAUGAAGGAGAUGACUCGGCGCCAGAACCGUGGAUUCGGCCGACUACCACACCAGAGACAAGCUGGUGGGAGUACGUCAGCAGCUAUUCUCUCUUCUUCCCGUAUCUAUGGCCGGCCAAAUCUCGUCGGUUGCAGAUAGUGGUUGUCAUCUGCUUUCUGUUACUUAUCGUGCAGCGUGUUGUCAACGUCCUCGUCCCAUACCAGGUGGGAGUCGUCACCGAUACGCUCUCCUGGGAUAAUGGUGAGAUACAGAUCCCAUGGAUUCAGAUUGCUGUGUAUAUCUUCUAUCGCUGGCUACAAGGAAGUACCGGAAUCCUGGACUCGAUUCGAUCCAAUCUGUGGAUAUCCGUAAGCCAAUACUCCUACAUGGAGUUGUCCACCGCUGCAUUUGAACACGUCCAUAGUCUAGGAUUGGACUUUCAUAUGAACAAGAAAAUGGGCGAGGUUUUAUCUGCUUUGACCAAGGGAAACUCGAUCAAUACAUUCCUAGAACAGGUGACAUUCCAAGUUUUGCCGAUGAUAUUCGAUAUGGCCAUUGCCGUGGGAUAUUUCCUUAUCGCAUUCGAUGCAUACUAUGCACUCGUCGUGGCCAUCGUGACAUUCUGCUAUGUCUACGUGACUGUCCGUAUUGCUCAAUGGCGAGCCGAAAUGCGGCGGCAGAUGGUGAAUGCCUCCAGACAGGAAGAUGCUGUGAAAAACGACUCGCUCAUGUCCUACGAAACGGUCAAGUACUUCAACGCAGAAGACUACGAAUUCGACCGAUACAGAAACACCGUAUCUAACUUUCAAAGCGCCGAAUGGCAUUCCCUCUACGCCCAGAACCUCAUGAACAUCUCGCAAAACACCGUCUUCAUACUAGGUCUGCUUAUCACUUGUUUCAUCGCCGCAUAUCAAGUCUCCACCGGCCAGCGUCCCGUUGGCCAGUUCGUUACUCUCCUCACCUACAUGGCGCAGCUGCAAACCCCUCUCACCUUCUUCGGUACAUUUUUCCGAUAUAUCCAGUCCGCCAUGAUCAAUGCAGAACGUCUCCUUGAAUUAUUCCGGCAACAGCCCUCCGUGCAGGACGAGCCAUUUGCGGUCCCGUUGGAGAAUUGCAACGGCAGCAUCACCUUCCAGGACGUCUCAUUCUCAUACAACUCCAAACCAGCCCUCCAGAACCUGUCAUUCCACUGCAAGCCCGCAACAACAACAGCCUUAGUCGGUGAAUCAGGUGGUGGUAAAUCUACCAUCUUCCGUCUACUCUUCCGCUUCUACAAUGCCGGCGGGCGUAUCCUCGUCGACGGCCACGAUGUUCAAGAUAUCACUAUCGCCUCACUGAGAAAGCAUAUCGGCAUUGUCCCCCAAGAUACCGUUCUCUUCAACGAAACACUUAUGUACAACCUCAAAUACGCCAACCAAGCGGCCACGGACGAAGAUGUCUACAACGCCUGCAAGGCAGCCUGUAUCCAUGAUAAAAUCCUCGCCUUUCCCGAGGGCUACGAGACCAAAGUAGGCGACAGGGGUUUACGCCUAAGCGGGGGCGAGAAACAGCGCAUCGCAAUUGCGCAGACUAUAUUAAAGAAUCCUCGGAUCAUCAUGCUUGACGAGGCUACUGCCGCACUGGAUUCCGAAACAGAGGAACAUAUCCAGGAGGCAUUGGCUGCGUUGUCGCGUGGACGGACGAUGUUGAUCAUCGCACAUCGACUGAGUACGAUUGCCACUGCUGAUAAUAUCUUGGUCUUGAAUGAGGGGCAGAUUGUGGAGAGUGGGACGCAUCAGGAACUGUUGGCAAAGAAUGGGAAGUAUACCUCUAUGUGGAACAAGCAGAUAAAGGCGCAGAAGGCUGCUGAUUAA